GCUAUUAUUUUGAGCGCUUGGGCGAUUGAGAUGAAAUGAGGAAGUAUUGAGGAAAUUUAUGUCGUAUUUUGUUGUUACGAUGGUUUCUUCUUUGCUGAAAAUAAUUUCAUAAUUUGGAAAUAUAUUAAAUAAUUUUAUUCAGUCGCUGGUUAUAAAUGGAAACAGGUUAAUAUGGAGUUAGAAAGAAAGGCUGAAAAUAUGGAGAAGGUUGAUGAGAAACCAGUGGAAAAAAUAAUUCCAGAAGUGGCAGCACUACCAGUUAGCCGUCCAAAAUUAAAAGAACAAGCAAGUGUAAGCAGUACGGGUAAGAAAGUGACCCGCAGUAAGACCAAACCCCUGUAUUUCUGGACCAGUGCCGAUGUAAAUAAAUGGUUAAAGAAACAUGGAGGACAUUGUCAUGAUCUUUAUGGUGAACUUUUCCUAAAUCAGGAGGUAACAGGAAGAACACUUAUACGCCUUACAGAAAUCAAACUUGAGAAGAUUGGUAUUACCAACCCUCAGCACAGACAAGAGUUAAUGCAUUAUGUAUUGAAGUUACGAUUAAAACAUGAAGCCACAGACUUAAAAAACCUAGAUCAAAAAGGUUCAGGAUUUGAGUUACCAGUGCCAGAUACAAAGAAACAGUCAAUAAAAGAGAAGAAGGACAAGAGAUAGUGUUAUCUAGUGGACCAACCAUUGCAAUAGUUCUGUAUGGAGAUGAAUCUUCUUGUAUAUAGAUAUGACCAAAAUAAUCUCUCAAUUUUCAAGCAGCGUACCUCUAGAUCAUAAAAUGUUUAAGUUUUCAUAAAUGCUUGAUUUAUAUUUAUGAGGAAAAUUAUUGUUCAGUUUGAUUUGUAUUGAUAUUGAUAUUUUAAUGUUCUUCAAGUAAUAAUUAUGUGGAUUGUUUUUAUAACCUUUAGAUUUCUUAAGUAUGUGAAAGUUUCACUUUUUGAUAAGGGUUGUUGUUUUAUAGAUUUAGCCCACUGAUUUAGGGGUGUUUUGUAAAAACAACUUUUUUUGAAGUGAACAAAUUUUUUUUUAAAGUUUUGUAAUAAUUGAAUUUUUUUAUAAUAUUGAUAUCUUAUUGAUAUUAGGGUGUGGCACUUCAGAUAAAUUAUGUUUAAGCAUGAUUAAAUUAAAUUUCCUUUUAAAAAAAUGUGAUUGUAGAGAGCAGAUAAUUGAUCAAAAGGAGGAAAUUUUUUCCAAAUUUAAUGAAGACUUACUUACAGUAAGACUAAUUUUAUAUGUCUAGAUUAGCAAAACCUUUUGCUAUGCAUUUAACAAUAAAAUUAAGUUAUAUUUCUUAAGUUAGAGGUGGGUUAUAAUUGUAAAAACAAAUUUGAGGAGAAUCGAUGAAUAAAUAUAUAUAUAUUAUUGACACUUGUUUAUGAAUUUUCAUUGUGGCUAUGCUGGGCUGUAUCAUUUAAACCUUUUCAAUAACCGUGUUAUAUUUUUUAUGCCUUAGUGUUUUAUUUGAGUAAAUAUAGAUCAUCACACAUGAUUUUUAAUACUUCACCUUUAAGUUUAAUGCAUACUCUAUCUUUGCAGGAAACAAAUUUGUAUUGAAGGAUUUUUUGUAUCAGUUAAAACUAGUCAAUUAUUGUCCCUAUCUCACAAAAUAUUUUUUAAAUUUCGGAAAUAAAUUGUAAUUUUGAAUUAAUUAUCAUUUAGUUUUACACAGGCUAUGUUCAUUUGUGCAGUGUUAUAAUCAUAUAAUAAGUGUUACAGAUUAAUUAUAUAGUUGUGAAGUUUUUAUCUAGUAUGAGAGCACAAAUUGGUACCAAUUUUCAUUCCAAUAUACUUA